CGGGACGAUGGAGUUCGAGGGCUCCGGCAUCGGGGAGGAGUGCGGGGUGUUCGGCUGCGUGGCGGCGGGAGAGUGGCCCACGCAGCUGGAGGUCGCCCAGGUGUUGACGCUGGGGCUCGUGGCGCUGCAGCACAGGGGUCAGGAGAGCGCCGGGAUCGUCACCAGCAACGGAGCCAGUCCGCCCACGUACGCAGCCCACAAGGGGAUGGGGUUGGUGAGCACGGCCUUCCCCCCCGAGGCGCUCCUGAAGCUUCGCCACGGCAACCUCGGCAUCUGCCACACGCGCUACUCCACCACCGGCAUCUCCGAGCUGCAGAACUGCCAGCCCUUCGUGGUGGACACGCUGCACGGGAAGAUCGCCGUGGCCCACAACGGCGAGCUGGUGAACGCCGAGGCGCUGCGCAAGCGGGUGAUGCGUCAUGGCGUCGGCCUCUCCACCAGCUCGGACAGCGAGCUCAUCACCCAGCUGCUGGCGCUGACCCCCCCCAUGGAGGAGCAGGACGCGCCGGACUGGGUCGCCAGGAUUAAGAACCUGAUGAGCGAGACGCCGACGUCGUACUCGCUGCUCGUCAUGUUCAAAGACGUCGUCUACGCCGUGCGCGACCCGUACGGGAAUCGACCCCUCUGCAUCGGCCGCGUGGUGCCCGUCUCCAAGCUGCACAGCGCCGGGGCCGGGGUGGAGGACACGGAGGGCUGGGUGGUGUCGUCCGAGUCCUGCAGCUUCCAGUCCAUCGGCGCCAAGUACUUCCGGGAGGUGCUGCCGGGGGAGAUCGUGCAGAUCUCCAGGCACGGGGUGAAGUCUCUGAGCGUGGUGCCCCGCCCUGAAGGAGACCUCCCGGCCUUCUGCAUAUUCGAGUACGUCUACUUCGCCAGGCCGGACUCCAUCUUUGAAGGGCAGAUGGUCUACACCGUGAGGCAGCGCUGCGGGCGCCAGCUCGCCAUCGAGUCCCCGACGGACGCCGACGUGGUCAGCACCGUGCCGGAGUCGGCUACGCCCGCCGCCCUGGGCUACGCCCAGCAGUCCGGGCUGCCGUACAUUGAGGUGCUCUGUAAGAACCGCUACGUCGGCAGGACGUUCAUCCAGCCAAACACCCGCCUCCGCCAGCUGGGCGUUGCCAAGAAGUUUGGCGCCUUGACGGACAACUUCGCCGGGAAGCGGGUGGUGCUGGUGGACGACUCCAUCGUCAGGGGCAACACCAUCUCUCCCAUCAUCAAGCUGCUGAAGGAGGCCGGAGCGAAGGAGGUCCACAUCCGAGUCGCCUCCCCCCCGAUCCGGUUCCCUUGCUACAUGGGCAUCAACAUCCCAACCAAGGAGGAGCUCAUCGCCAACAGGCCUGAGUUCCAGGACUUGGCCAAAUACAUCGGUGCAGCCAGCGUGCAGUACCUGACGGUGGAGGGCCUGCUGUCGGCCGUGGAGGAGGGGAUCGCCUCCCUGCAGCAGAAAGACCAGCUGAUUGGCUCCAGCAACAAGACCGGCAAGAGGGCGGGUCACUGCACCGCCUGUCUGACCGGGAAGUACCCGGUGGAGCUGGAGUGGUAGCUCACAGGGGGGGGGUGUUAAUACUGCUAAGAGACAGAAGUUAUGAAUAUAUUCAGCAUGGGGAUCCUUUCAGUUUAACAGACGUAGUGAUGUUUUGAGUGUUUGAGCUUCUUCUCCAGAACAUCAGGCUCUGCUGCACGAGGAACCAGAACAGAACCUAGACGUAUUUAGAACAGCUCUACCGACGGCUUGUGCUGCAGGACCCAAGAAGGUCAAAGGUCAAACGUGUUUGGAUGAGCUACUUAAAGAUGUGUAGACAACAGAUGCUUUGGUUCUUUUUUAGUGUCAUUUAAACCUCAUGGAUUUACUGUGUCAGAAAAGCGCACAAGGCUGGAGACCAAAAGUUUAUUUUCCUCAUCAGUGUUUUAUUUGGCCUCCUUUGUUACUUUUGUUUUCUCAGCCUUAAACAUGCAUGAGUAGAAUGUAAAAGUGCACAAAUAAACAGAAUAACUGCAAUGACAA